UCACACCCAACCCACAAACCCUCGCCUCACUCUACUAUAAAUACAGGCACCCAUUUGCACAGCCCGGUGACAGAGAUUGGUGGCAGUGUGUGUAGUGGUGAUUGAAGCCUAUACAUACACAUUCUUCGUUGAGUAAUCAGGAUGAGGAAGGCAACAGGGGGAAGAGAUUCUUAUGAACACCAGGAAGGGAGUGGAGGCCGUGGUGGUGGCGGCCGUGGAGGAGCUCAGCAGCAGCAACAGGGUGGAGGUAGAGGUUGGGCUCCUCAGCAGCAGCAGGGUGGUGGUAGAGGUUGGGCUCCUCAGCAGCAACAGGGUGGUGGCUACCAAGGUCGUGGAGGUGGCCGUGGCAGCCAGCGUGGGGGGAUGGCUCCUCAGCAAUACUAUGGAGGUGCACCUGAGCAAAUGUAUCAGCAGGGCAGGGGAGCACCCCAACAGCAGCAGCAGCAGCGGUAUGGAGGUCCUUCUGAGUACAAUCAGAUGCAAGGCAGGGGAGCGCAGCAACAGCCGCAGUACCAGCAGCAACAGCAGCAUCAACACUAUCCACAAGGAAGAGGAACACCACCACAACGCCGAGGUGGUGGCCAAGGAGGGUUUGUUCCAUCUACUGGUGGACCUUCUAGGCCAUCUGGCCCCGACCUACACCAAGCGGUCCAGGCUCCACAUCAAGCAGGGAUGCUGACCCAGCCCAUGCCAUAUGCAACAUCAACUGUGACUGAAUCGGAGGCAAGUUCUUCAUCAUCUGUUCCUGAGCCCACUCCUUUGCAAGUGACCCAGCAAUUUCAAGAGCUUUCUGUCCAGCAAGAAGGCUCUUCGAGUGAGAUUGUUGGGCCACCAGCUUCAAGCAAAGCACUCACUUUUCCUCUUCGGCCCGGGAGGGGUACUACUGGUAACCGUUGUAUUGUGAAGGCCAAUCACUUUUUUGCAGAAUUGCCAAACAAGGACCUGCACCAUUAUGAUGUAUCCAUCACUCCAGAGGUAACAUCUCGUGGUGUCAACCGCGCAGUGAUAAAAGAGCUGGUGAGGUUAUACCAAGCAUCUCUUCUGGACAACCGUCUUCCUGCAUAUGAUGGUAGGAAGAGCUUAUACACUGCAGGGCCUCUGCCUUUUGUAUCAAAAGAGUUCAAAAUUACUCUCACUGAUGAUGAUGAUGGAACUGGGAGUGCAAGAAGGCAAAGAGACUUCAAGAUUGUGAUUAAAUUAGCUUCACGUGCUAAUUUGCACCACCUGGACAUGUUUUUGAAGGGGAAGCAGACUGAUUCACCCCAAGAAGCACUUCAAGUACUGGAUAUUGUGCUUCGAGAAAUGCCUACAUCUAGGUUCUGUCCGGUUGGUCGAUCAUUUUAUGAUCCUGCUAUUGGAAGUAAGUACCCAUUGGGCGAUGGACUGGAGAGCUGGCGGGGAUUCUACCAGAGCAUUCGCCCAACUCAGAUGGGACUGUCAUUGAACAUAGAUAUGUCAUCAACUGCAUUUAUUGAACCACUGCCUGUAAUCGAUUUCGUCUCACAACUUUUGAACAGGGAUGUUUGGUCUCGUGCUUUGUCCGAUGCAGAUCGUGUAAAGAUCAAGAAAGCCUUACGAGGCGUUAAAGUUGAAGUUACGCAUAGGGGAAACAUGCGGCGGAAGUAUCGGAUAAUUGGCUUAACAUCACAGGCAACACGCGAGCUGACGUAUGAAACAAAUUGUAUACAAUUACUAUUAGUAGCUAAUCUUAAUUAUGCAUCAUUUAACCUCUGCACAUUAUGUCUGACAUUUUAUUUUUAUUACUAUUUCAGUUUCCCUGUUGAAGAAGGAGGGUGUGUAAAGUCAGUAGUGGAGUAUUUCAGAGAGACCUACGGGUUCAGCAUUCAAUAUGCUCAAUUGCCUUCCCUGCAAGUUGGGAAUCCACAAAGACCAAACUACUUGCCAAUGGAGGUUUGCAAGAUUUCGGAGGGACAAAGGUAUACCAAGCGAUUGAACGAGAAACAAAUUACUGCCCUGUUGAAGGUUACUUGUCAGCGGCCUAUGGAUAGGGAGAAGGAUAUUUUAAAGACUGUUCAGUAUAAUAGUUAUGGUCAAGAUCCUUAUGCAAAGGAGUUCGGCAUAAAAAUUAGUGACAGGCUGGCUUCUGUUGAAGCUAGAAUUCUGCCUCCUCCUCGGCUGAAAUAUCACGAGACAGGUCGUGAGCAGGAUUGUCUUCCACAAGUUGGCCAGUGGAAUAUGAUGAACAAGAAAAUGGUCGGGGGGGCUGCAGUCAACUAUUGGAUAUGUGUCAACUUUGCAAGAAAUGUGCAAGAGAGAGCUGCUGGUGGGUUUUGUUACGAGCUUGCAAACAUGUGCAAUGUGUCGGGCAUGCAAUUCAAGCCUGAGCCUGUCCUCCCUGCGUACAAUGCCCGUUCAGACCAAGUUGAAAGAAUGUUAAAAUCUCGGAUUAAGGAGGCGAUGACCACAGCCAAACAGGGGAUUGAUCUAUUAAUUGCAAUUCUUCCUGACAACAAUGGCUCCCUCUAUGGUGAUUUGAAGAGAAUUUGUGAAACAGAUCUUGGUGUUAUUUCCCAGUGUUGCUUGGCAAAGCACGUAUUUAGAAUGAGCAAGCAAUAUCUUGCAAAUGUGGCGUUGAAAAUUAAUGUAAAAGUAGGUGGAAGAAAUACAGUCCUUGUUGAUGCACUUUCACGGCGCAUUCCUCUUGUUAGUGAUAGGCCCACCAUAAUUUUUGGUGCUGAUGUAACACAUCCCCACCCUGGGGAAGAUUCUAGUCCCUCAAUAGCCGCGGUUGUUGCCUCCCAAGACUGGCCGGAGGUCACUAAAUAUUCUGGUCUAGUUUGUGCCCAAGCACAUCGGCAGGAGAUUAUUCAAGAUCUUUACACGACCUGGCAGGAUCCUAAUAAAGGGCCUGUGCAUGGAGGAAUGAUAAAGGAACUACUCAUGUCAUUCCGUAGAGCAACUGGGCAAAAACCGCAGCGCAUUAUUUUCUACAGGGACGGUGUCAGUGAAGGGCAGUUCUAUCAAGUUUUGCUGUACGAGCUUGAUGCAAUUCGCAAGGCAUGUGCUGCUUUGGAGCCAAAUUAUCAGCCUCCGGUAACAUUUGUUGUUGUUCAGAAGCGUCAUCACACAAGAUUGUUUGCCAACAACCAUCGGGACCGUAAUCAAGUUGACAGGAGUGGAAAUAUAUUGCCUGGGACUGUGGUAGACUCCAAAAUCUGCCACCCCACAGAGUUUGAUUUCUACCUUUGCAGCCACGCAGGAAUCCAAGGGACCAGCAGGCCUGCACAUUAUCAUGUUCUUUGGGAUGAAAACAAGUUUUCAGCAGAUGGUUUGCAGUCUCUUACAAACAAUUUGUGUUACACAUAUGCCCGGUGCACGCGAUCUGUGUCGAUUGUCCCACCUGCAUACUAUGCUCACCUCGCUGCAUUUCGUGCACGUUUCUAUAUGGAGCCGGAUACAUCUGAUACGGGUUCAACGGCAACUGGGGCACCUGCUGGAAGAGGAAUGGGUGCUGGACGUAGCACACGUGCUCCAGUGAAUGCUGCUGUGAGGCCCCUACCUGCAUUGAAAGAGAAUGUGAAGAGGGUGAUGUUUUAUUGUUAAAAGUGUGUUUCUGCAAGAGCUCAAGUUCAAGCUAGUCCCUGUUACUUUAUAUUGCUCAUGGGGCAUGUGUCGAGUUUUAUGUCAUGGAUGAUAGCAAAAUAAGGUGGUUUUGAAAUUUGUUAGCUCUGUUGAAUUGCUUAAUUUGAGUUUGUACUUUUGGUUUUAUAAAGCUGCUUCAUGCCGAAUUUAAUUUGAUUUGCAUUUUUUUGGUC